CGGUGAGAGUUCACGGCUGGGAAGUGCUCGCCGACGUGGCCACGGCCGCGGCCACCGGGGAGGUCCUCACGGGCGCUAUAAAAUGGGCUCCCACUCUAGCUCAUAAAUAACACAGCAAACAUCAGCCACCACAGCCAAGUGUGAUCGAUCAAUCUAGCUCAUCUGUUGCUCUGCAAUCCUGCAACUUCUGUUAGCUUUCGCUGCUUCGAGUAAUGGCGACCAUGAUGGCCUUGAGCUCCUUCGCCAGCGCCGCCGCCGUCGGCCGCUCCGCCAACCGUUCUGCGCUGGCGCCCCUGCGCCGCCGCGCCCUCGUCGUCAGGGCCCAGACCGAGCCGGAAAUGGACCCGACCAAGGAGACGACGAGCGCAUCGACCUCAUCCCCGACCCCAAGCCCAUCAACCCCGAGCCCAAGCCCAGCGGCGCCCAAGCCCAAGGUGAAGGCGAGCCCAUCGGUGUGGGACGCGCUGGCGUUCAGCGGGCCGGCGCCGGAGCGGAUCAACGGGCGGCUGGCCAUGGUGGGCUUCGUGGCGGCGCUGUCCGUCGAGGCGGCCCGCGGCGGCGGGCUCCUGUCGCAGGCCGGCAGCGGCGCCGGGCUGGGCUGGUUCCUCACCACCACGGCGCUGCUGUCCGUGGCGUCGCUGGUGCCGCUGCUCCAAGGGCAGAGCGUGGAGAGCAAGUCCACCAGCUUCUGGAGCUCCGACGCCGAGCUCUGGAACGGACGCUUCGCCAUGCUCGGCCUCGUCGCGCUCGCCGUCACCGAGUUCAUCACCGGCACGCCCUUCGUCAACGUCUAGAUUUCCGGUUAUAUGGAAUCUGAUGUGAUGUACUACUAGGAUUUUUAGGAACCUGAGAUUAGCGUACGAACGAAAAUGUUUUCCUGUGAUUAUACCUUGUUCGAAUUCUUUUGCAUUUAUCUCAGACGAUUGAGAAAUUUUUAAUUACCUCCGAAACAUUGAUGCACAAAAUGCUUUACUAUAA